AUGUCCAACGAGUCCUUCCAUCGGAUCGAUCCCAACGGGGACGUUGUGCUCAUCCUUCGCAACCCCAGCGCUUCGUUUGCAGUUUGGGACACAGAUAUCCCAGCUGGAGAAAAUGUUCUCAAAACAACUGCAGAUCCGGGCACGAGUUUGUCUGACAAUAUCUCGACACUUCAGGCCCCUCUCAUUGAAGAUGAUGUGUUCGCUUGGCCUACCCGACUCAAGUCUGAAUUGAACGGCAUAAAGGGAAAGAAGAAGAAGAAGAAGAUGAUGAUGAUGAUGAACCAUGACGAGGCAGCGUUAACGACCGCAGAAACACCGCUUCAAGACACCGACGAGGUUUCCAUUGCUGAACCAUCAGCAGCAGGUCCUUCAGGUUCGAUUGGCUAUCAAUGGUCACUUACUUCGGAAGCAAUUGAAUCUAUCCCAGUGGAAGAGGCAUACCCAGAGCCGAUGCCAGAGCCAUACGAGGAGCCGGUGCUAGAGGCAUACGAGGAGCCGCCGCCAGAGCCAAUGCCAGAGCCGGCCGCAGAGGCAUACGAGGAGCCGCCGCCAGAGCCAUACGCAGAUGCGGUUCCAGAGUCAUACGAGGAGCCGGCACCAGAGACAUACGAAGAGGCGCCGCCAGAAGCAUGUGAAGAAUUGGUGGUCAAGUAUCUUGUGUCAUCCAGACAUCUGGCACUUGCAUCGCGAUACUUCUCAGCCAAGCUAUCCGGUCCGUGGAUCGAAGCUUCAGUCAAGCAUCUUGAUGGCUGUUAUCACAUGGAAGCGACAGAUUGGGAUUCCAAAGCACUUCUUAUACUCAUGCAAGUUAUCCACGGAAAGACGAGAAGUGUGCCGCGUCUGGUGAAUCUCGAGAUGUUGGCGAAGCUCGCAGUUCUCAUUGACUACUACGACUGCCAUGAGGUCAUUGAGAUUUACAUUCCCAGGUGGAUUAAUCCCUUGAAAAUCAACCUGCCGACAAAUAUCGGUAGAGACAUGGUGUUGUGGCUUCUCAUAGCACAAGUCUUCCAACAAGACGAUAUUUUUCAGCAAAUGACACAAAUCGCCGUCUUGCAAACUACCGACCCUGUACAAACACUUGAACUUCCAGUCCCAUCUUUCGUGGUUGAUAUGAUAGAUUGGCGCAGACAAGAUGGGGUUGAGUUCAUUUUGACAGUCCUUCACAAUCUCCUCGAUGCGUUCCGCAAUGAGACAGCUGGGUGUAGUUUCGAGUGCAGUAGUAUUCUUUUGGGGGCUCUCACGAAAGAGAUGGACAAGCACAAGUUAUUUCAUCCUCGACCAACAAAGCCGUAUUCGGGAUACUCCGUUGCAAAUCUGGAGACGCUCGUCCGUGCCUUUCGCUCCCCCAAAUGGAACGCAUUUCCUUCCUAUAAUCGCCACUCUACACAACACUCGUGUAACCUUCAGAGUAUGAUAUCAUGCUACCUCAACGCGGACUUUGACAAAAGCAAGAAGGGCUUCAAACUUUAUGAGAUGGUUUUGCGCGAUGUCAAGGGGAAGGCCAACGGUCACCAGUGGAGUGAGGCAUCAUUUCGUCGUUCAUAUACUUUGAGGAAGUUCUAA